AACGCUUCAACUGCAGCUUGUAGUGAGUGUAUAGUUUUCAGUUACUGGGUAUGGAAAAAUUGUAAGUGACGACAACUGUAUGUUUUGUGCCGCAAUUGUUCCGUUCGUGGAAAAUCGAGCGUGACGUGACAGUCCAUAAAUUGGAUUAGCGUUAAGUAAAGCCACCAGUGAAUGAUAGUGUAGCAGACUGGCUAGCUAGCUGGCUAGCUAAACGGACUGCUGGGACUGACGGCUAGUACUGAAAUUUGAGCUUCUCUGGUUUUGACAAACUUUAUAUCCACGCGUUAACCACGAGAAAGAAAUAGUAAUGCUCUACGACAGAUAAUUCUGCGAGUGUCGUCCUUCAGCGUUUAACGGUGUCCGUUAACGUCACAUACAUUGCAAGGUUUAGACUGAAAUACCUGUCAGCUCGCGGAGAAGUCAUUAGGUUAAUAUGGAUAGUUACAGUCAGCGGUUUGACUCCACCGCAGGAAGAGACAGUAAAUCUCAAAAGAAGAAGGGUUCCUCUAACCACAGCACCUCAUGUUACGAUGAAGGAGACCGCAAGCCGAAGUUUCACUUACCCUUUAGAAACAUCACAGAUGAUGUGCUGGACAGAUUUGCCAGCAUUCGGAUUCCGGGUAGUAAAAAGGAGCGGACACCCUUAACUCAAUCAAAACACAACUCAAAUGACUGGUCCACUUCUUCAUCAUCCACCUCCCAUCAUUUUGAGGAAUUGUCAUCAAAGAUCACCUCGGAAAAAGAGAUCCUGGCUCUCUUUGAAAAGAUGAUGGAGGACAUGAACCUGAAUGAGGACAAGAAGACUCCUUUGAGAGACAAGGACCUUAACACAAAGAGAGAAAUGGUCAUCCAGUAUAUGUUUACUGCCUCUAAAACUGGUAGCUUAAGAAGCAGCCAUCAGAUAUCUCCCCAAGAAUUCCUGGGUGAGCUCAAGUCAGGAGUGAUGGACGAACGUCUGUUUGCCUGUCUAGACUCUCUGCGAGUGUCCCUCACCAGCAACCCUGUCAGCUGGGUGCAGAGUUUUGGGCAUGAGGGUCUUGGACUGCUGUUGGACAUUUUGGAGAGGUUGCUAUUUAAGAAACAGCAAGAGAAGAUUGACAAAAAGAACCAACAUAAAGUUGUCCAGUGUCUCAAAGCCUUCAUGAACAACAAGUAUGGUUUGGAUCGAAUUCUGGGCGAGGAGAAGAGUCUUGCUUUAUUGGCAAGAGCCAUCGAUCCCUCCCAGUCUGCCAUGAUGACUGACGUGGUGAAGCUGCUGUCAGCCAUCUGCAUUGUGGGCGAAGAGAACACUCUGGAGAAGGUCCUUGAAGCCAUCACCACAGCAGGGGAAUGGCGAGCCAUUGAGAGGUUCAGUCCCAUUGUACAAGGACUACGAGAUCGCUCCGUUCAAUUACAAGUGGCAUGCAUGCAGCUCAUCAAUGCGCUGGUAACAUCUCCUGAUGAGCUGGACUUCAGGCUGCACAUUAGAAAUGAAUUUAUGCGCUGUGGCCUGAAAGAGAUAUUGCCGCAACUAAUAACCAUCAGGAACGAGGCCCUUGACAUUCAGCUGAAGGUGUUUGAAGAGCACAAAGAAGAGGACAUGAUAGAGUUCUCUCAUAGGCUGGAAGAUAUCAAGAGUGAACUGGAUGAUGCAGGGGAUGUGUUCAGUAUUGUGCAGAGUAUGGUGAAGGACAGCAGUGCAGAGCCCUAUUUCCUCUCUAUACUGCAGCACCUGAUGCUUAUACGGAAUGACUACUUAGUCAGGCCCCAGUACUUUAAGAUCGUCGAGGAGUGCGUUUCUCAAAUUGUGCUCCAUCGUAGUGGCACUGAUCCCGACUUCAGUUACCGCAAGCGUCUAGAUGUCGACUUCAGCCACCUCUUAGAGGUUUGUGUGGAGAAAGCUAGAACAGAUGAGUACGAACAAAGAGCUUCGGAACUGGCACAGAAGUUUGAUGAGGAGUUUCUAAGCAGACAGGAGGCACAAGCUCAGCUAGUGAAGUGUGAAGAAAAAAUAGCUGAACUCCAAGCAGAGCUACAGGCCUUCAGGUCCCAGUUUGGGGCCGUACCUGUGGCUCUGACCUCUGCCCAGGCUGGACAGGCAUUAUCUUCCUCAGCAUUCCCACCUGGGCCUCCAGCCCCUGGUCCACCACCUGGGGUGCCAGCUCCCCCUCCUCCCCCUCCGCCGCCUCCAUUACCCGGCUGCCCUGCUGCGCCUCCUCCACCACCUGGGAUGCCUCCUCCAUUCGGUGCCCCCCCGCCACCUCCCCCAGGGUUUGGAGGUGGUCUCGGCUCUCCCACCCACCGCGCUCUGCCUUAUGGCCUCAGGCCAAAGAAGGAAUUCAAGCCUCAGACCUCCAUAAAGCGCCUCAACUGGUCCAAAAUUCGCCCCCAGGAAAUGUCAGAGGGCUGUUUCUGGGUGCUGGCUGAUGAGAAUCAGUACGCAAAACCUGAAUUGCUGAACAGAGUUGCUUUUACUUUUGGCUCACAAAGAACAGCCAAAAAAGAAGAGGAGGAUCUGGAGGAUAAGAAAUCCAUAAAGAAGAGAAUUAAAGAGCUUAAGGUGCUCGAUCCCAAGAUUGCACAGAAUCUGUCCAUCUUCCUGGGUUCCUUCCGUAUGCCUUAUCAGGAAAUUCGCCGCAUGGUUGUGGAGGUGGAUGAGGAGCAACUUACUGAACCUAUGAUCCAGAACCUUGUAAAGCACCUACCAGAACAGGAGCAGCUGAAUGCAUUGGCCAAGUACAAAAAUGAGUACUCUAAUUUGUCAGAGCCUGAACAGUUUGGGGUUGUGAUGAGCAGCGUAAAGCGGCUGCGUCCUCGCCUCAGCCACAUCCUCUUCCGGCUACAGUUUGAGGAGCAGGUAAACAACCUUCGCCCAGAUAUCCUGGCAGUAAACGCCGCCUGCGACGAGGUCAGAAAGAGCCGCUCCUUCGGUCGCUUGCUGGAGCUGGUGCUGCUGCUGGGGAAUUACAUGAAUGCAGGCUCUCGAAACGCCCAGUCAUUUGGCUUUGACCUCAGUUCCCUUUGCAAGCUAAAGGACACUAAGUCAGCAGACCAAAAGACCACAUUACUCCACUUCCUGGCUCAAGUAUGUGAGGAGGAAUUUCCAGAUGUGAUCAAAUUUGUUGACGACCUGGAGCACGUGGAUCGAGCUAGCAGAGUGUCUGCAGAGAAUCUGGAAAAGAGCCUCAGGCAGAUGGAGAGGCAGCUGCUGCAGCUGGAGAGAGACCUGGAGACUUUCUCUUCCCCCGAUGACCCAAACGACAUGUUUUUCACCAAAAUGGCUAGCUUCAGCAAAGUCGCACGGGAGCAGUAUGGCAAGCUGGUAAUUAUGCACAGCAAUAUGGAGACGCUGUAUCAGAAUGUGCUGGAGUACUUUGCUGUCGAUCCUAAGAAGACCUCUGUGGAGGAGCUGUUCACUGAUCUCAGCAACUUCCGUUCCAUGUUCACACAAGCACUGAAGGAGAACUUCAGGCAGAGGGAGACGGAGGAGAAACAGAGGAGAGCACGGGCAGCAAAAGAGAAGGCUGAACGGGAAAAGAAGGAGAGACAGCAGAAGAAGAGGAGGUUGCUGGAAGUCAAUGCAGAGAAUGAUGAGACAGGUGUGAUGGAUAGUUUGCUGGAAGCCCUACAGUCAGGAGCUGCAUUCAGAGACCGCAGGAAGAGAGUGCCAAGACCCAGAGAUAACCAGCAGCAGACAAUCAGUCCCGGCUCCUUCCGCCAGGUUCUCAGGCCUGUUAACUAUGAAAACAACAAGGCCCCUUUACAAAGGUCUCGCUCUCGGCAGAAUAUAAAUGCGAAUUCAGCGGCGGCGAAAGCUCCCCCUGCCAAAGAGGCCCAUAACGAGUCUGAAGGCCAUCCAUCUGCAGCCAGGGCCAAGGCUUCUACGUGUUCAGAGCCAGGCCGCAGGAACAGGAACAUCCCAGGUCACAGCUAUGGGCUGAACAGAGAGCGGGUGGUGGAGGCAGAGAUGGUUAGAGUGACUGAAAAAGAGACGGACGUGGAAGCAGACGCUCCAGCCUUCCAGCCGUCCUCCUCUGGUCCUGCGGUCAGCAGCUGUGGCACCAAUGGAGAUUCAGAUGUAGAGGCUCUCCUCGCCAAACUGAGAUCCUUGUGAGGUUUGUUACUGGCCUCUGAAAUAAUAUGCAGCAUAUAGUAUUUUUCUGCCCGCAUAUCCAACCACGCUCUGAAUGUAACCUAAGACUUUCCUUCAAUAAUUUUGUUGACAGGAGGAGAAUGUAGUUGUUAAAAGUUGUCAGGCUUAAAAAUCCAGACAGCUACUUAGUUUAAAUGAACUAAUAGUAAUCUAAGGAAACAUAAAUAAAAAGCUUUAUGAAAAAUAUAUAUUAAAAAAAAUAUUCGUAAGAUUUAGGACCGUGCUUUUAACGCUUAAUGGUACAGAGAUUUUUUUUAUUUUUUUUAAAAAAGUGGAUCACAGAAAGCUGGUCGCACUUUGGCCUGCAGAAUGUCCUCAUAGGUAAAUUUAUGAAAUGUAGACUGAAUUUCAAAAGUUGUGAUUUAAUGGAAAUACUUAAGCACAUGAGGGUUAGACAUAAUAGUUCAAAAGAGAAAUAUACCAAAAUAGAUCCAACAGGUCUUUAUUUUUGCAGAAUGCACUGCCAAAAAAGUCUGGCUGUCCUUUACAUUCCCACCAAUGGGACAUUAUCAUAGCUUUUGUAGCGUUUCUUUGAAAGUUAAAGAUGCAUUGUCGCUGAGCACUUUUUAUAAUCAACUAGUAUGCAAUAGUAAAGCAUUUCUUUUGACAUUGGCAUUUUUACAUCUACAUCGUAUUUAGUCGCCCCACCUAUAUUUUUGUUGUUAAUUAUGCUUUAGUUACUUUCAUAUAAAUUUAAUUAGUUGCGUACACAUGAAGGCUUGUGUUUUCUUUUGUGUUGUUUUGGGUAUUUAAUUAUUUUUCAUUUCUCUCUUUCUUUGUUUUUUUCUUUUUUGAGUUUUUUUGAGGGGGUGAGAGGGUAUCUUUUAUACUGAAAACAUUGGGCUAAUUGUCCAGAAAACUUCUAUACAAAUUUCAAUAAGUAAUAUUUUCACAGGUUAUAACUUCCAUUACUGUCAUUUUAUUUUUGAUUUACUAGGCUGUGUCUUGCCUCUGUGUCUUAGGAGAGAACAAGUCUGCAAAAGGGGCAAAAAAUCUCAGUGUGAUUGUCCAGAAUGUGGCACCAAACAAACUCACCAGCACUGAUGCUGUUUUUCUUCUACAUUCCUGUUGAAAUCUCGCAUUUUUUUCUUGUAUCUUGAUUCUUCACUUUUAUAGACCCAUUUACAAUAAAAUAAAGCGAAAAAGGA